AUGGCUGAGUCACAGGAGGGCCACAAAGUGUGCUUGCAUGUGUAUGACUUAAGCCAAGGGCUAGCAAAGCAGGUCUCAAUGUCGUUUUUGGGGAAGGCGAUUGAAGGCAUAUGGCACACAGGAGUAGUGGUGUAUGGUAUCGAGUAUUAUUUUGGUGGUGGCAUAUAUCGAGCUCCUGUUGGAACGGCACCAUAUGGGACUCCAAUCCGAAUGAUUGAUCUUGGUGUCACCAAGGUUUCAAAGGAUAAAUUUGAGUCUUAUUUAGAGGAGAUAAGCCCACGCUACACCCAAGAAACAUACAGUUUACUGAAGCAUAAUUGCAAUAAUUUUAGCAACGAAGUUGCAAAGUUUCUGGUAGACACCUCCAUCCCCCAGUACAUUCUCGACCUCCCAAACGAAGUCCUCAGCAGUCCAUUGGCCCCUCUUAUGAUGCCAAUGAUACAAAGUAUGGAGUCUACAUUAAGGGAAGGUGAAGUCCCAAAAGUUUGUCAGUUCGCUCAACCGCUAGGAAUGAACUCCGAAAGCAGCAAAAAUGAAGGCUCGGAUGAUCAAAAGGUUUGUCUGCAGCCACUGGUUGAUCCUCUCGGAAAUGCCAGGAGCCAAGUGCAAGACGAGAUCGCCAAGGAGUUUGCUGCAAUCAGGGCGCAGGGUACGCUUAGCCCCAGUGAAGCUGCAGCACUCGCAACCAAAAACGUGAUGGAAAAAUAUGGUUUCCUGAAUCCCACCGUGGCGCCGCCACCUAAAGAUGGCUAA